AUGGAGAAUAGCACAGAAGUGACAGAGUUUAUCCUCUUGUGAUUAACAGAUGACCCCAAUCUUCAGAUACCCCUCCUCCUGGCAUUUUUAUUCAUCUACCUCAUCACCCUGCUUGGGAAUGGGGGAAUGAUGGUGAUCAUCCACUCAGACUCCCAUCUCCACACUCCAAUGUACUUUUUCCUCAGUAACCUCUCCCUUGUAGACUUGGGUUACUCAUCAGCUGUAGCCCCCAAAACGGUGGCUGCAUUGCAGUCAGGGGACAAGGCCAUCUCCUACAAUGGAUGUGCAGCUCAGUUCUUCUUCUUUGUGGGGUUUGCCACUGUUGAGUGCUACCUCCUGGCCUCCAUGGCCUAUGAUCGCCAUGCAGCGGUAUGUAGGCCUCUUCAUUACACCACCACCAUGACAGCAGGUGUGUGUGCCCUCCUUGCUACUGGUUCCUAUGUCUCUGGCUUCCUCAAUGCCUCUUUCCAUGCAGCAGGCACCUUCAGACUCUCCUUCUGUGGUUCUAAUGAGAUUAAUCAUUUCUUCUGUGACAUUCCCCCACUCCUGGCUCUCUCAUGCUCUGACACACGCAUCAGCAAGUUGGUGGUCUUCUUUGUGGCAGGCUUCAACGUCUUUUUCACCCUCCUGGUCAUCCUUAUUUCUUACUUCUUCAUAUGCAUCACCAUUCAGAGGAUGCAUUCUGCUGAAGGGCAGAAGAAAGUCUUCUCCACCUGUGCUUCCCAUCUCACUGCUUUGUCCAUCUUCUAUGGCACAAUCAUCUUCAUGUACUUACAGCCCAACUCCAGCCAGUCCGUGGACACAGACAAAAUAGCCUCUGUGUUUUACACAGUGGUGAUUCCCAUGCUGAAUCCCUUAAUAUACAGCCUUAGGAACAAAGAAGUGAAAAGUGCUCUCUGGAAAAUACUCAACAAACUUUACCCCCAAUAUUAA